AUGCCAUUGUGGCAACUUUGGAUGAAACAACCUGCCGUCUCUUUACGCUUUGUCCGCUGCCAGCUAUAUCUACCAGCACUGGGCUUGCUGCUCUACUUCAAUACGGCCAGUAUGGACGCGCACGACUCGGACUUGAAACCGCCUAUAUCUCUGGGCAAGCGCAAAGUACCUGAUGGACGACCAGAUUCGACUCGACAGUUUCACAAUCCGACAGGGCAAUGGGAAGAUCGGUUGGCGAUUGAAGGUCGUGAGCGUGAACCGGAACCGGAGUCGCAAUCGAUCGAGGAUGAACGUUCAGACCUCCCGUCUAUUCCCUUGACCGACAGGCCCCGCGUACUCCCUCCACAUCUCAGAAAACGACUUCGACCAGUUACCACCGAGACCAACAAUGCAGUCGGCUCCACGUCGGGCAGUGCGGUACAUGUGUCUCAGGAAAUCACGUCAACGAUUCCACCUCGAAACGAAGUACAAGAUUCGCAGACCGCGCUGGCCUCUGAGGACGAACAAAUGUUGGUUGCGCCGACGUCUUCGCCCGCUAUAGCAACGACCGUGCCUGGAGCCCCAACCCAAAUCACAACGCAGUCUUCGCGCUCACUCAUCAUCACCGACGCGACAGCUUCAUUACAAGAUCCGGCAGCUGUCCCUGCGGAGCGCGCUUCGCUCAUCGACGUGACGCCGACCGUGUCCAACGUCGGAGCAGUGUCCAAACCUACACUCCCAGAAGACGACGUUGACGUCACAUCGAUGACUGGUCCGACGGCCGAGCCUACAACUGGAGUGGCUCCCGAUUCUGCGCUCAUUCCUAUCUUUGCUACGACGGGGACGGCGUCGCAUACCGACACAGCGUCUGAGGCUGGACCUCUGGCCACAGAUGCUGCAACAGGACAGGCAUCCGAAGAGGUCGUAGCCACGUCCACCGCCGUCUCAGCCUCGACGGAGGAACCUGUCGCGGAAAUCUCUGGUCUCGCGCUGUCCCCUGUCCUCAUCCCAACGACCGCGACGUCGGAUGCCUUAGCAGCUAUGGAACCCGUGUCUUCCAUCUGCGACGUUGACGCGACGACGACGACCAGUCAAGAAGAAGAGACCGGGCAAGCGCUUUCCAUCUCUACUGCCGAACCCGACACUACAACAGCCCCUUGUCCUGCGCCCGCCCCCAUUCUUACCAUCGAGACGCAAACGGCACCGUACACCACGGCAGGGUCCGCCGAGGCUGGAUCCAUGACUGCCGACGCUACAACAGAGGAUGCCCUCCAGGAAGUGGUGGCUAUGCAGCCCGCGGCCUCAGACUUGACCGCGCCUACGACAUUGCUCGGUUCCACGCUCUCCCCCGUCGUCACAUCGCCGACGACAGAGGACGCUGCAGCAGUUCAGGGGGCCGUUCCCGGGACUCCACCAGCCAAACCAACACCAGCAUCGGGCUCCACAGCCAAUGCCGUGGAGAUACGCUGUCAGGAUAGCAACGCUGCUCGCACAAAUGAGACUGAGCAACUGCCUGCUCUAGGAGAAUGUGCCGAUCCCACGCAAGUUGGGCACUUCGGCCAGCGCUCAUCUCCGGUGAACGGUGGUGCCUGGCCGCCUGAGCAGGCCUCGUCGUUAUCUUCGUCGGACGACACCCCACCCUACCCCUCAGAAUCGUCAAUUCGCAAUCCUCGCCCGAACUUCCCUCAACCCUCAUCUCAAAUGGCAUCCUAUCAACCAUUCUCAUCUACUUCCGUCGCGGGAAUGCUACAGGAUUCGCGAUCUGGCAGCUGUGCAACGCCGCUUGUCUCCACGACACUUGGCUUUUCGCGGGCUCACGCUCAAAGACUCGGCACCUUGAUCGAGCAGAGGAAUCCAGAGUCCUUGACAUCGUCAAGCACGGCCUCCACUGUUGUUCACGAUAUGGUUGCGACCUCACCUGCUCAACAUGUUGUCUCUGGCUUGAUGCCUAUCUCCACUCCACUGGUGCCCUCUACUUCGCCUAUCCCGUUCGGCUCGCUUCACGCCACGAGCUCUGCCGUUGCCUACAACACCGUUGAUGCUGUCGGCCCCGCCGAAGUAAUGGACGUGGAUCUAGGACAAGAGCAUUCGGGCUUCGAAGUCAAGGCCUUCAAUCCCCACCUCAAGAACGGCGGCGCGACCAAGUCGGACACGUUUGGAGCACGAUUGGCUUCUCACAAUGAAGACGUCGAGAUGUCACCAAGUUCUGAGAUGACACGUCCCGAUCACGGUGGUGCGACACAUGGUGCAAAUACUGGCAGUUCACAAGCGCAGCACAUACAUACAGGCUUAGAUCCUUCAUUCCAGCCCGUUCUCUACGGACAGCCCCGGCAGUCCGAGCUGCGUCCUCUCAGUAUCUUCAAUAUCUUGCGUCCUCAGGGACACUCCAUGUCAGUGGCUGCGAGUCUGCCAUCGUGGCCCGCAUCGUCGACAUUCGCCGCAGGAGCGAGGCUUGGAGUCGCGUCUUCUAUCCCGGCUGUGGUCAGAGAAACAGCUAAGGGCAAAGAGCGUGCUGCAGACAUGGGAAGUGGUCAACAACCAUGUCAUGACGGCCGACGUGCACACCCAUCCCAGCCGACGCCUCCAACCCACAUAGGCCCACCGCUCCAAUCUCGCAUACCCAAGGACACCCCUCCAUCACCUGCGAACAGUGGGCACCCAAUGCUGGAUGUCGUGCCAGAUGUUCCCCGUCCAGGGCCAUCCACUUCGUCUAUGUCAACUGGUCUUCCUUCCCAUCCUGAAGGACGGGCUUCUGAUGCGAAUGGUCGAUCGAUGAACGAUGACUCUCCGACCGGUGGCGGCGAGAAGCCUGAUAACGAUGUGCCGCUCUUACUAGCAGAUCUCUUGCGCAUCGUGCAGUCUAAUCAGAAAAGUCUCAAGCGUACCUUGGACGAACGGGACACAGCCCUUUUGGAGAGGCUGGACGCCCGUAGGCAACCUGAACCCACUUCGGAUGCUCCUCGCAAGCGUCAGAAGCGUACACGUACCGGUCGGGAUGGACGCGUGGUGCCGCCGCCGACGAUGAAAGUAGACCCAGAAGUGGCCGACCAUCCACUCUACUCACAUUUUCUAACUUGCGUCAGAGCGGAAUUCAAGGAGCUGCUGGGCGUCGAUAACUUGAAGAGUCUCGACCCACAAGCUUUAUGCUGCCGCUCUUUGACGCAACAAGAGUUGGACGACUUCUGCGGAAGACUACCUGGGCGCAUCGAGGUUACACCGGAAGCCUUCCGCUUUGACUUCAGGCUCACGAGGUCCCAUCCAUUCAACAUGCAUGCCUUGAACGUAUUCGUCGACUCGUUUCAGAACCGCGUAGCCGCUGGCUGGUAUCGGAACCCUGCUCCACUGCCCGAGCUCUUCCUACACAGGAAACACAUCUUGACGGCCAUAUACAACCACUGCAGGAGCGCGAAGUCCAUAUUCUUUCGCACAUUCGUCAAUCCCGAGACUCCUGAAGACGUGGACGAUCGUCUGGCUGCGGCUUCUCGGAGCUCUCGGAAGUAUCGGCUUUUUCGGAAGAGGGUCGAUGCCGUCCGAAGGAAGGCUGCCCAGCAUCUCGCUUUGAUGAACACCGCCGGUGCUCAGAGCGUCAGCUCGGACGAGUCCUCAGAUGAGCUCGUCCAUGAUGCAACUGGACAGUUGCAGGACAAGACCGAACGCAUCUCCCCCGAAUGGCGCAGCCCGGAGUUCCAAGCGUUCCACCAUUCGCUCGAUCCGAUUGUGACCGAUCUCAGUCGCCCGAGAGUGGGUACUCGACAAAAGCCGGGCGCUAAUCCACGUUAUCGUGCGCUAUCGAACAGGGUCAACCGUGCAGCAGUGGCGCCGAGCGGAUUGCCUCGCAUUUGUUACAAUCCGACUUGGCUUCAGACACUAGACUCUCACGAAAUCGCCGAGUUACAGAUCUCAGAAGAAGACUAUGACUUGAGCCCCGUCAGCUACGAGCCGAAGCAGCCCUGGUACAGGAGGGCGCGGCGUGUACCUCUGUCCCAGAGGCGGCGCGGUAUUCAUGCUGAGACUAGGGUUGGCGAAUGA